GCGCGGCCAUAGAGCUGCAGUAUAGAGGCAGACAGACAGAGGAACAGAGACCUUAAAUUAACAGCAGCCUGACUUCAGCACUUCCUUAAACACCAUUGAGGAUUUUGAAGUCCGGAAAACCCGUGGAUCAAAUACCAAACCCGGUACAAAGAAGACACUUACCAGCUUGGCGGAAGAGGAGGCUUAGGUGAGCGGUCACCAUGGCACCCUUCCUGCGCAUCGCCUUUAAUGCUUAUGAUGUGGGUGCACUGCCUCCUCUGUCUGACCCUCCCAUCUGUGCCAUCAAGAUGAAGGAGUCCGUCAACACAGAGCGAGGAAAGACCUUGAUCCAGAGAAAGCCCACCAUGUAUCCAGCCUGGAAGUCCACUUUUGAUGCUCACAUUUAUGAGGGACGUGUCCUAGAAGUGGUCCUCAUGCAGAGCACUGAGGAGCCACUGGCUAAGGCCACGGUUGGUGUAUCUGUACUGGCAGAACGCUGCAAGAAGUCAAAGGCAAACAGUCGUGCUGAGUUCUGGGUGGACCUUCAUCCUUCAGGGAAGGUCCAAAUGGCUGUGCAGUUCUUCCUGGAGGACACUGAUGCAGUGGCGUGUAAGCCAUCGGUGAAGGCUACUCCAGAGGAUGGCGUCACAACCCUCAACAGGAGGAGAGGAGCCGUCAAGCAGCCCAAGGUUCACAUGAUCAAGAACCACGAGUUCACAGCCACCUUCUUCGUCCAGCCCACCUUCUGCUCUGUCUGCAGAGACUUCCUGUGGGGGCUCAACAAACAAGGCUACAAGUGCAGACAAUGCAAUGCGGCAAUUCACAAGAAAUGCAUCGAAAUAAUCAUUGGCAGGUGCACUGGGACAGCAGCCAACAGUCGUGACACUGUGUUCCAGAAAGAACGCUUCAAGAUUGAUAUGCCUCAUCGCUUCAAGUUCUAUAACUACAAGAGCCCCACAUUCUGCGACCACUGUGGUAGUCUGCUGUGGGGUCUCUACAAACAGGGCCUUAAAUGUGAAGAUUGUGCGAUGAACGUACACAGUUACUGUCAAAAGAAAGUGGCCAAUAUGUGUGGGAUCAACCAGAAACUACUGGCAGAGGCUCUCUCUCAAGUCUCCCAGAAAUCUAUGAGGAAGUCUGAUGACUCCAAUACAGCAGAUAUUGGAAUCUACCAACCCCUCAACCCAUCUGCAACAGCAGACCCUAGUGCAGGUGGCCAAAACAAGGCACAUGAAGGCUUGAGCCCAGCACCAAUCACACCUACCGUUUCCCAGGUACGCCUCACCCUUAACCACCUGGUAUUCCACAAGGUGCUGGGGAAAGGCAGCUUUGGAAAGGUGCUGCUGGCAGAGCUGAAGGGGCAGGGGCAGUAUUUUGCUGUGAAGGUUCUGAAGAAGGAUGUAGUCCUCAUGGAUGAUGAUGUUGAGUGCACCAUGGUUGAGAAGAGAGUCCUGGCUCUCGCCUGGGAGAACCCAUUCCUCACACACCUCUACUCCACAUUCCAGUCUAAAGAGCACCUCUUCUUUGUAAUGGAGUACCUGAAUGGAGGCGACUUGAUGUUUCACAUCCAAGACAAAGGCCGCUUCGAUCUCAAUAGGGCCACGUUCUAUGCUGCUGAGAUAAUAGUAGGACUGCAGUUCCUCCACUCAAAAGGAAUUAUUUACAGAGAUCUGAAGCUGGACAAUGUGAUGUUGGACAAAGACGGACACAUAAAGAUAGCUGACUUUGGCAUGUGCAAAGAGAAGGUGUUUGGAGAGACCAGAGCCACUACAUUUUGUGGGACACCAGACUAUAUCGCACCAGAGAUCCUGCUGGGACAGAAGUAUACCUUCUCAGUGGACUGGUGGUCUUUCGGUGUGCUGGUGUACGAGAUGUUGAUUGGUCAGUCACCUUUCCAAGGAGAUGAUGAAGAUGAGCUGUUUGAGUCCAUCAGGUCGGACGUGCCUCACUACCCUAGGUGGAUCACCAAGGAGGCCAAGAGCCUGCUUGCGCUGUUGUUUGAGCGAGACCCCAGUCGCAGGCUGGGUGUGGUGGGAGACAUCCGUGUGCACUCGUUCUUCAAAACAAUCAAUUGGCCAGCACUGGAGAAGAGAGAAGUGGAUCCUCCUUUUAAGCCUAAAGUGAAAUCCCCCAGUGACUGCAGCAACUUUGACCGAGAGUUCCUGAGCGAGAAGCCGCGUCUCUCCCACGCAGACAAGAACCUCAUCGACUCCAUGGACCAGGCAGCAUUCUCUGGCUUUUCUUUUGUCAAUCCCAGACUUGAACACAUGAUAAAAAAAUGAAACGAAAUGGCUCUCAUAUGAACACGGUCUGGGCCCAGCACUUCAAAAUAUACUCUUAUUCCAUUAUCUAUAUCUACAUAUGGUCAGAGUUCAACUGGAUGGAUAACAAGAACAUCUUUAGUUCCUCAAUCAGAGGAUGAGAUAAAAAUGAAACCAGGAUGUUUGCUGGCAUCUACAGGAAUAAUCAUGUCUCAGCUGUCAAACUGUAUAGGUGUAUAAAAGAGUUUAAAGGAAAUUAAGGGAGAUUUUUUAAGUAACCAGUGCUACGCUAAUCAAUGCAUAGAAGGACAGUCAAUGAUGCUUUCUGUCUUUUCUUACUUUUCUGUGAUUUUUUUUCUUUGUGAUCCCACUUUAUAUCUAUACGAAUCAUCUAUUGUACUGUAUCUGAAAUUUAAUUCACAGGAACCUGGACACCAUUACUUAGUUAUACAAGUAUAUACACCCGGCGCUGCACAUGCAAGUCAAGAGUUCAGCACCGUAUUCACUCUCAUCCUGUGUGCUUUGCCUACUGUAUGUCUCCUACUACACUCCAUCUCUGUGUGUUUGUGUCUUACCACAUACAUACAAGUGUGUGUAUGUGUGUGUGCAGGUAUUCUUUUUAGAUGCAAUUGGUGCUACUGUAGUCUGUAACAUAACCUGUUGUUAAAUGAACACUCAGUUGAUCCCAGAUUCUGUGAUGCCAAUAUCUGGGAGACAGAUAUAGGCAUCAUAGAAAGAAUUGUGCUACAAACUUGGGAAAUUUCAAUCCAUCUGAAUUGAUUUAAUGUUAUUGCAGAACCAAAUAGUCUCCUCCCUUACUGGCUACAUUGUGUUGAGAAACAGGAGGUGCUCUGAGCACACCCCAGAGUCUCACAUGCCUUCAAAAGAAUUCAUGUUUUUUUAAGUUUAACACAGAAUUUCUACAAGGUAGUCAUCUAGUCUUUUGUGUGCCAUUCGUGUCCAACUUCUUGUUGUACAUCAAACUAAAGCAUUGUGCAAACAAUCAUUCCAUAUAUAAUAUUAGGUUUCUGGGCUGUCAUCAGUCUUACCGGAAGGUUGCAACAAUGGUACACCUAUAUUGUUGCAAGAUGUGUCAUUUUGUGUGGGAGGGAUGGGUAUUUCACUGUAAACACAGGGUCUUAUGUGUGUUAUAAUACUUGAAUGUAGGAAUUUUAACGUGAAAAUAAUAGUGCUGUAUAUGGAAGAUGAAUAUGUAUGUUAACUGGAGCUGUCUGAGUAAUGGGUGCACUUUUUUACUCUCCUCAUCUUUUACAUCUGAUUAUAAAUAAAUACAAACAUAAAUAUUCAAAAUA